UAACAUAAUUUCUCUUCAGUGUAAACGGAAAUGUAAAGUGACCAAGAACAAUUACCACCGUAGCGUUUUCAUUGUUGUUAUUUAGACGUUUAUUAAAACCCUGGAACUCAAACUAUGACUCAUUUAACUGCACAGCAUCACAUACUUAGGUAGUGUUUAAUUCGCGUUGAGGACUUGGUUGAUAGAUGUUAUCUAGGUAACGUUAGCUACCUAGCUGCUAACAAUGGCUGACUGUAUGGUUUUUCACACUGAAAUAGCCUCCAUUAUGGAGGUUCUAGCGAAUGCAGCCGUGGCUGACAUCUGUAAACUCGUAGACGACGACUAUGCAGUGUUUCGUUUGGAAAUUUCUCAAAGCCAGAAGGAAAACAGGACAUUGCGGAGGAAACUACAGCUUCUGGAACUGAAGAUGGCACGGGAGCGCGUCCUCGCCAUUCGUCCCAGUAGUGUCAAGAUCCUCGACCGAUACAGAGGAAUGGCAAGAGGACAGCUCCCUGGAGGCCACAGGAGCUUUGUGAAGCCAGCAGGACACAAUACAUGGAUAGAUGACCAACCAGAUACUGUUGAUGAGGGGAGUGGAACCUCAACCCAGCACAUUAUCGUGAUAGAGUCUGCAGAGGAUGCAGGUCCAGGGGUCAAGCAGCACAGGUCUGAAGGAGAGGGCCCAAUGCAAAGUGGAGACAUCCAGACUGGAGUGGCUGGUGCGCCCUAUGAAGCCAUGGAGGACCCCACCACCUCUGCGCCCCAGCCCAGGACCCAACGCAGCAUCACGGAGGUCAGUGGAAGGCCCGACGCCGUCCUCAAAUCAGAGACAGACACCAAGCCUUUAACUGUAACACAAAGGCUCUUACACAGAGGAUCUGACCACAUAUCAGACACAGAGAGACUGGGGCAGGGGCCACUGGGCUGUCCUCCUGCUUCAGGCUCAGAGUAUUUACCGGUAUUUCGCCAGAGGAUGGUUCAUUCCCGUGGGGAUGGCUAUGGUCACACGUUAGACACUGGUGGUGAUGAUCCAUCUUGUUCUUACACUACAGAGAUGGACCCUGGCAACAUGCCUUUGGGUUUAGAGACACAGACUGAUCUGUCUAGAGGGGACUGGAACCAGUACAGUAGUAGUCUAGACUCUGAAGGGUGCCUAGAUAAGAAAGGGGAGGUUAUAGUCGUAGAUGAGGUGACUGUGAAAAUGGAGGGCGACGCUCCUCUGAUAUGGAAUGCAAACAAGACUCACUUAGGAGAUGGACACUCUCAGGGCAACACCAGGGACUUUUUAGAGACAAAAAUAAAUGUUGCCACCCACUCCCCUUUGCACGCGUUCAGGGAUGCCGACUCAGUGUCCACAUCGAUGGCACCUUCCAGUUCACAUGGCCGCAUCCUUUUUGAUCAGGUAUUGAACUCAAACCACAGGGCUAUAGCCCAGUCUCAGGGAGGGGGAGCCACAUCAGGCAAUAGUAAAGAGAAACGGUUCUUCUGCAUGUUCUGUAACAAAGGCUUCAGCAGCCCCCAGAAGGUGGAGAUCCACCAGAGGGUCCACACAGGGGGGAAGUCCUUCAGCUGUACCCAGUGUCAAAUGCGCUUCGCCCAGGCUCGUGGCCUGAAGAGGCACCAAAGGGUCCACACAGGGGUGAAACCCUACAGCUGCCCCCAGUGUGAGAAGAGAUUCUCCCGCCAGGACCAUCUGAAGAUGCACCUGAAGGUCCACACAGGAGAGAAGCCAUUUGCCUGUACGCACUGCGGGAAGAGGUUCUCAGAGAAGAGAUACCUCAAUAUACACCAGCAGAAAAAUCAUUCCACUGGAUAGCUUAGAUCAAACCCUGCAUUAAAGACGAAGAUUCAUUUUUAUUGUUGUCAGUACAAACGAUCUACAGAUGCAUUUGGAAUAACGAGAGUUAAGCCCAGUUCAGAUGCAACAGCCGACAUGAGACAAGAUAAAACUAGCUAGUUUUAGAAUGUUAUGUUGUACAACAGCUGACUAAAGAGGAGGCAUUCAGAUCAAGAAGAUGAGAUGUGCAGUUGAGACCGUUUCCACGGUAAUGGUGCCUCUACAAUGACAUGAUGCAACAAAGUUCGAAAUAACGGCGGUGCUAUUUAUAUCUUAUUUCACUGUGGGAAAGGGCCCUCAAUACAUGUCAUGUUGAUAUGAUUUUCGGUUUGCUUCCAUAUGGCUGGUUUCACAUUUUCCUCCGGGGAUCAUAAGGAAAAAUCAUCUAAAACAAUUGCCAUGUGUAUUUACAAUCCCCUUCUCCAAACGGAUUACUCAUUGACCUAGCUCUUACCAAUAGCUCUUAUCAAUGUAUAAAUUACAGUGCAUGGAAAAUGAUGUUAUUUCUAUCAGAAAAAAAUAAGUAGAUACUUUUUCCACUUGGAAUAUGGCAGGUUGGCUUGACCUUGUGCAUGGUUUCCUCGCGCGUAAAGGUGGGGGAAUUAAGUCACGGUCAGAAUACUGCGUAUCUAUAUACAUCUCCUUCACACCUUCAUUUAUUCGAGCUUCACCUCAAACAAAUAGUGGGUGAAUGGCAUGCUGUUCUAAUGUUUAGGUUCAAGGUCAGAAUACGCAUAAAGAGAAAAGCGCAUUAAAAGUGAAUUAUGUUCCAUUUACGCACUCUUAAAUUGGGUCAGAAUCGAGGCCAUAAUAACUUGUCAGAUAGGCGAGCUAGCUCCUUAAGACCGUCGUGUCUCAUCUUAUGUAUCUGAUCUGAGUUUAACAGAUUUCAGUGUUGAAUAUUCCUGGGUGGAAUAUUGCAUCCAGACAUUGUGGGGUAUACAGUUGCUAGUGAAAGUCUACACAUCCCUUGCACAGUCUUCCCAUUUUGCUGUCUUCAAAUUAAAUCUAAAAAGGGAUUACAUGAGUUUGUUUCCUACCCAUCUACACAACCUACUCUACAUUUUCAAAAUGAAAUCAACAUUUUUGAUAAUUUUCCAAAUGUAUAAAAAAUUGAAAAACGACCAUGUCUUGACUGCGUAUGUCUUCACAACCCAGAGUUAAUACUUGGUGGAAGCACUUUUGGCAGCCAGUACAGCUGUGAAUAAUUUCGUAUAAGAUUCUACCAACUUUGCACAACUCUUAGGAACCAAAAUUGCACAACUCUUGGUCAAAAUUGAUCAAGCUCAGUAAAUUUGGUUGGGAAUCAUUGACGGUGAGCAAUAUUCAAAACUUGUCUCUGAAUUUCAAGCAGAUAAGUUCAGGACUGAGACUGGACUACUCAGGAAUACUCAACACCUCUUGGAAAGCUAUUCUGCUGUGUCUUUUGGCAUUAAAUCUGUAUAAUUGUCCUGCUGAACAAUAAAACACUAUCCCAGAGUUAGGUUUUCAGAAGACUGACGGGGGACUUCCUCUAACCUUUUACCUGGGCUUUGCUCCUUUCUUAUUUCUUUUGAUCCUGACAAAGUCUCCAGUCCCUGCCGGUGACAAGCAUACCCAUAACAUAAUGCUGCCACACUAUGUUCUAUAAUCUUUCUUUCACUUUGAAAAUGUGGAGUAGAUUGUGUAGAUCAGUAGGAAAAACGUUAAAUUUAAUACUGUAUGUAUACAAUGCAAGAGGUGGGUAGACUUCACCAGGCACUUUAUAAGGCAUAUAUAAGCCUGAAAAUACAGUUACAUAUUGUGUUUGUACUGUGUAAGCUAUAUGUUGUUCACAAGUGCCUAUUUUCAUCACUUCCAUUCAACUACUUAAUUAUUUUCUAAGACACUUUUAAUAGGAAAAUUAAUGCAGUUGAUCAAGUUCAUGCAGAUUUUUUUGUAUGUAUGGUUUUCAUAUGGUGUAUUUAAAGAUGCAAAAUGCAGAAAUCACUCUUCCAUUUCCUGGUUGCUAAAAUUCUAAUAGUUUGUGACAAAGCAAGUAGACAUUGUGUAGAGAAUCAUUGUACCAUCUAAACUGCUGUGAAAUAUGUUUUCCAUAACCAAAAAUGUUGUAUUUUCAGCUUUUUAAAGCUGGUGUAAAAGAUGCAAAGAUGAAACUUAAAAAGGGGAAGCAUAGAAAAAGUUCAUAUAGAACAUAUCUACUACUUCUUAGACCUAUAGACAGACCUAUAACUCACAUUUCUAUGUGAAUUUUGUCAGGUUGCCCAAAAAGUUACAUAUUGCAGCUUUAAAACUUGUUUGUUUAAUAAAAACAGAAUAAAAAGUCCCA